UCGGCAGUCAUUAAAAACAAAAAAAAGAAGAUUUCUGCUGAAAUGCUGGUGAAAGCAAAAUAAUGAAGUGUUUCGGACGUUUUUGCACAAUUGCUGAGUAAACAAGUGACCGGCGAACAAGCGGAAUGUAUUCAUAAACACCUGUAUAUGCACCUGCCGCCCCACCUGCGAAUUGGAACGCGUACGCGGCGCGUAUUUUAAAGCGGACCCCCGGCGGCAGCGCCGCAUUUCUUCGCCGUUCCGCGGAGUUGUUGGACUGCUGGCUGGACAACAACAACGGCUUGAUUAGUUGGCAGUAAACAGAGCUGGCGUUCGCAUCGGUCAUUCACAUCGCCCCGCAGUAGCCAGUAAGCCAGUUAGCGAGCUAGCCCGUUAGUCACUUAGCCAAGUUAGCCAAGGUACGAAGAAGCCUCCGCCAUCAUGGGUCUUCGGUUCCAGCAGCUCAAGAAGCUGUGGCUGCUCUACCUCUUCCUGCUGUUCUUCGCCUUCUUUAUGUUCGCCAUCAGCAUCAACCUCUAUGUGACCAGCAUCCAGAGCCCCGACUCCGAACUGCGUCACCCCAAGCCCCCGCCCAAGCGCCGCUCGCUCUGGCAGCACAAAAACAUCGUGGCCCACUACAUUGGCAAGGGAGACAUCUUCGGCAACAUGACUGCAGACGAUUACAACACCAACCUGUUCAAACCCAUCAAUGGAGAGGGCGCCGAUGGCCGACCUGUUGUGGUGCCGCCUCGCGACCGCUUUCGCAUGCAGCGCUUCUUCCGGCUGAAUAGCUUCAACCUGCUGGCCAGCGAUCGCAUCCCGCUUAACCGCACCCUCAAGGAUUACCGCACUCCCGAAUGCCGCGACAAGAAGUAUCCCGGCGGACUGCCCAGCACUUCGGUGAUCAUCGUCUUCCACAAUGAGGCUUGGUCCGUGUUAUUGCGCACUAUCACCAGCGUCAUUAAUCGCUCACCGCCAUACCUCUUGAAGGAAAUUAUUCUGGUAGAUGAUGCCAGUGAUCGCACCUAUCUAAAAGGUCAGCUGGAUAGCUAUGUGAAGGUUCUGGCAGUGCCCACGAGGAUCUACCGCAUGCCGAAGCGCAGUGGCCUGGUGCCCGCCCGCCUCUUAGGCGCUGAGCAUGCCCGCGGCGAUGUGCUGACCUUCCUGGAUGCCCACUGCGAGUGCUCACGGGGAUGGCUGGAGCCGCUUUUGGCCCGCAUCAAGGAAUCCCGUAAGGUUGUCAUCUGUCCGGUGAUCGACAUCAUCUCCGACGACAACUUCAGCUAUACAAAGACCUUCGAGAACCACUGGGGUGGCUUCAACUGGCAGCUGAGCUUUCGGUGGUUCUCCUCGGAACGCAAACGUCAGACGCUGAAUCGUAACUCCAACGACACCACAGCACCAAUAGCAACGCCUGGCAUGGCUGGUGGCCUGUUCGCCAUCGAUCGCAAAUACUUUUACGAGAUGGGAUCCUACGACAGCAACAUGCGAGUCUGGGGCGGGGAGAACGUGGAGAUGUCCUUCCGCAUUUGGCAGUGCGGCGGACGCGUGGAGAUUAGCCCCUGCUCCCAUGUGGGGCACGUAUUCCGCAGCAGUACGCCGUACACUUUUCCCGGUGGCAUGAGCGAGGUGCUGACAGACAACCUGGCGAGGGCGGCGACCGUGUGGAUGGACGACUGGCAGUACUUUGUGAUGCUCUAUACCGCGGGACUCACAUUGGGCGCGAAGGAAAAGGUGAAUGUGGCGGAGCGAGUGGCGUUGAGAAAGAAGUUGCAGUGCAAGCCGUUCUCCUGGUAUCUGGAAAACAUAUGGCCCGAGCACUUCUUCCCAGCUCCUGAUCGUUUCUUCGGCAAGAUUAUUUGGUUGGACGGCGAAACGGAAUGCGCUCAGGCCUACAGCAUGCAUAUGAAGAGUCUGCCAGGGCGAUCUCUGUCGCGGGAAUGGAAGCGCGCCUUUGAGGAGAUUGAGACCAAGUCAAAUGAUUUGCUAUCGCUGAUAGACCUGGAGAGGGACAAGUGUCUCCGUCCACUUAAAGAGGAUGUGCCGCGCACGUCCCUCUCGCCGGUGACCGUGGGCGACUGCACCGCGCAUGCCCAAAGCAUGGACAUGUUUGUGAUCACGCCCAGGGGCCAGAUAAUGACCAACGACAACGUGUGCCUGACCUACCGCAAGCCGAAGCUGGGCGUGAUCAAGAUGCUGAAGAACAGAAAUGCCACCACAUCGAACGUGAUGCUGACGCAGUGCGCCAACGACUCCAGCCAGCAGUGGACAUAUGACAUGGAUACCCAGCAAAUCUCUCAUCGAGAAACGAAGCUAUGCCUCACUCUCAAGGCCGCCUCAAAUUCCCGCCUGCAAAAGGUUGAGAAGGUGGUGCUUAGCAUGGAGUGCGACUUCAAGGACAUCACCCAGAAGUGGGGCCUUAUACCGCUGCCAUGGCGCUUGUAGAGCCAAAGGCCUCAUAAAAGCAAGAUGCAUAACGUCCAUACAUCUGAAUUCCCUCUCUCGCCAGCACAAAGUUGAGAUUGUUAAGAUCUGUAAUGCCUAAAAAUGCAUUUGAACAAAAUCUUAAGAUUUCAUUCCGAAAAAUUCGAGUGCUUAAAAUUGUUAUGGCGUUACUCAUCUUGUUAUUAUGUCUUUGGUAGAGCAGAGUGUGCGAUGCCAAUAUAUCCAAUAACCCUGCCAGCAACUCUCUAACGCAAUGUGAUAUUUAUUGAAAUUGUUUAACGAACUUCACUCGUUGAUUUGUUUUUGUAAACACGUAACCCAGACCCCACGCACACAAACACCAGACACCUGUAGACUAGCCUGACCUGACAACACUAAACACCGAACACUAAACACUAAACACCGAAACAGACCCACAAGAAUUGUUUGUAAAACACUUUAAUCCGAAUGCGUCCGGGAGCUUUUCUCCUGCCUCGCAUUGCGACGCUAUAGAAUACCAUGUCUAUGUGUCAUAUCUGAUAAGUCUUAGGCAAUUUUUAGCUGUACUUACCACCUUGGAAAUAACAUUUUGUAUAUCUCAUAAAUAAAGCAACCGAAAUUAGACAAAA